CGCUGAUUGGCUGUCUCACGGCUGCGGAAGUGAGUCAGUGUGGCGUUGCAGGUUAGCUCGCGUACAGCAACAAGAAGAGAAUAAACAUGUGUUAGUUAUUAUAUAUUUUCAAAACAAUAUCGUAAAACAGCUCAAAGGUGCUGUGAAGGAUGGAGGCGGAGGACGGAGCGCGUGUCCGGAAUGAAGAUGUUCCUCCGCAGAACCAGGAUCUAAGUUUCCUUCAACCGUCUGUCACUGCGUUCAUGUCGGAGUAUGGCUGGUAUCUGCUGUUCGGAUGUGUUGGAGUGUAUCUGCUCAUCCAGCAUCUCCGCAAGAGCAGAUCCUCCACACAAACACGCAGCUCGUCUGGCUCAGCCGAGGCUCACGAUGUGGGGUCAGUGGUGAGGCGUCAGGAGGCUCUGGAGGCGUCCCGCAGGAGAAUGCAGGAGGAGCAGGACGCCAGAGCAGCUGAGUUCAGGGAGAAACAGCGCAUGCUGGAGGAGGAGAAGAGGAGGCAGAAGAUCGAGAUGUGGGACAGCAUGCAGGAAGGAAAGAGUUACAAAGGGAGCGCUAAAGUUGCACAACAGAACACAGAAGAGGCGGCUUCAUCCAGCUCGCUGAGACCAAAGACAGAGAAGAAACCCCUGCGCAGCAGUGGCUACAGUCCUCUGUCAGGAGACGCUGGAGGCUCGUGCUCCUGGAGGCCCGGCCGCAGAGGCCCGUCUGCUGGAGGAUGAGGAUAAACGCCCGUCAGACUCGUCUCUGACGCUCCCACAGGAACACACACAUCUAUAUCUGAAUGAAGCUGUCAGCCUCAUCACUGCACAAUAACUCCCAUAAUACACACAAUACAGAAUCAUUGCAUUUCCAAUCAUGCAUACUGUUACUUUUAGUCACACUUUACAAUAAGGUUUCAUAACUGAAGUAUUUACUUACUUAUAAUGAACAAUACUAGUACAGCAUUUGUUAAUCAUAGUUCAACAUUACCUAAUGCAUUAUUCAAAUCCUAAAUCAUCAUCGUUAACACUAUGAGCUAGCAUUAAAUGGCUUUAUUUUCAUGAACUAACAUUAACAGAGCUAAAUACUGUAAUAUAUUGUUUAUGUAAGUAAAUAUUAACUAAUAUGUCCUAUUGUAAACCAUAUUAACCUAUUUAUUUAUAUUACUCAACAAAUAUAUGUAUUCUUAAAUGAAUAUACUGUAGUGCGCAGCUUAAAACAAACAUAUUCAGUUAAAUUAAAGGUUAAAUUACACAAUAAUGCUUAAAAUAGACAAUUAUAUACUUCUUUUAUGCAUAAUAAUCACAUUUGCGAUCAAAAUGACGUCAAUAUCCACAUUUGUUUUUCUUUUCUGCCUUGUAAAUGAUUUUUAAACAAGUGUUUUUCACUUUCUUUAUGAUUAUUAUGAUGGUUAUUAUGCCAGUGUAUGAUUGACGGCUUCAGAUGACGCCUCCUCACCAAAGGUAUUAUUUACUCCCGAGGCGGCUGAUGAGUUUCAGUAAUGAAACGUGUUCCUCUUUUUUUAUUUCGUUGUUGCUUUUGCACUUAAAUGCUGUGCUAAAUACAAAUCUAGAGGGAUUUAAAGGGGGCAGAUCACUCAAAAAUGAAAGUUUCCUUGUUUACUUACUCACCUACAGAACAUGCAAGAUCGUAGGCACUUUCUUUCUUCUUCAGCAGAACAUUAAAGAAGCGUUUAAGCUGAAUCUGACGUGAUUCAUAUAAUGAAAAUAAAUGGUGAGCAGUUUUUUUUUACAUUAAUAAUAAACGCAUAUCAAUGAGUCCAAGUCAGUAGUCAUGGCACACUGAGGUUUCUAGAAGUAAAAUGAUUGGUCUGUGUAAGACAUUAAACAUGAUGCACAAUAUUAUUACCUUAAAUCCACAGCCUGCUCAAUGUAGUCCAAUUGUAACUUCAAUUACAAAUACGGAAGAAAGCAUGCUAGGAUGGAGGAAAUCAAAAGAGAAAUAUAUUCAUCAUCAAAGGUGCCUAGACCAGGGGUCACCAACCCUGUUCCUGGAGAGCUGCCUUCCUGCAGAAUUCAGUCCCAACCCUGAUCAAACACACCUGAACCAAUUAAUAGUACCUAAAGCAGCACUUGAUAAUUACAAACAGGUGUGUUUGGUCAGGGUUGCAACUGAAAUGUGCAGGAAGGUAGAUCUCCAGGAACAGGGUUGGUGACCCCUGGCCUAGACUACAUUUACAUAAGAAUAGAGAUGCACUGAUUUAUUGGUUAAAUUGUGUUUUUGGAUGGGUUUUUUUCCCGAAAAAGAAAAAAAUGAGCGAAAUAAUGCACCAAUAACAGGACUUUUUAAGCGUUCACAGCUAGGUAAAGUAACUCAAUCACUGUCAAUUAAAAUUUUACCUUCAUAUAAUGAACUAUCAUAAUUAAUUGUCAUGGUUUAAGUGACAGAUGCAUUUAAAAAGUCUUACUUUAUUUAACAAGUACUAAAUUGUUACGGCAUUUUCAUUUCAUUUUUUAUUUCAAGUGCAUCCAGAAUUUUAGGUUUCCUCCCUGAAUUUUCAUUUCAGCGCAUCCCUGCAAUCUUGAUUUCCAUUUUUGUGAAUUGUGUCACACAAGAAAUAUCUGUUAAUGAACAGUUUCUGUAUUUUGUGAUUCACAGGUGUGUGUUUUUGUGUUGAUUUACAGUUGUGAACUGCAUUAUGAGACCUUAAUCUCUGCUCUGUUGAAUUUUGAUGAUGAUUUUUUUUUUAAAGUUGAAAAUUUUAAGUUCUAUUGACAUUUUAGUAGUUUGAAAUAAUAUUUAGAGAAAUAAGAUUGUAAAAUAGCAGAAAAUGUACUGGCGGUUUAUUAUGAGGCUUUUGUUGUGUAAUAUACAACACCAAUCCAGACAAUAUAUCACUUUAAACUAUGAAAAAUGUUCACUUUUUCCAACUUUUCAGUGUUAUAAGUUAUUGGAAGAUCAAGAGCCCAUAAUGCGAUUCAAAAGCAGAAAUAAAUUAGGUAAAAUACAAACAUGAAUCACAAAAAACAGAAAACUGCUCAUUUAUGAAUAUUUUUAGAGUGCAUAUUAGUUUACAGUUAUGGCUCCAUUUACACAAGUUCCCUAAAGAAAGUCACUUUCAGGCCAUUUAAACAGUUCUCAGCGCAUAUGCGACUGGAGUCUGAAUGUAGUCCUGUCACUUCAAGUGAGCGACCUAUAAUCUUGGCUAUGCAGUUUGUUGAUUAAAGUGGGUUUAAAGAGUGGGAAUAAAGCUAAUAACAUUGUAAAUAAUGCUCAAUUUCUUCAACAAACUGAUUAUUUCACUUCACCUGACCUCAGUGUGUCAUUAGGAGCCACAACUAUUGAUCUGGACUUAAUCUAAAAAACCUGUCACCAUUCACUGCCAUUAUAUAAACCACCAAGGACCCCUGAUUCAGCUCAAAUCUUCUACUGACAUCUUGGAUGAGGUGAGAGCCAGUAAAUUAACUGGGUAAUUUCAUUUUUGUGUGAGCUAUUCCUUGAAUACAAACGCAAAGUGCUAUAUUUCUAUUGUUUGUGGUGUUUGUAUUCUGUUGUGAAAGUAGGAGUUACUGAUGUGUCUUUAGUGUUGCGCGAUCUGUUUUCUGAAGCUUUUCUUCAGAAAUAUUCCUGCUUUGGAGAUUCUUUCAAUUAAAAAGCAUAUUUGCCCAAUGUUUGUAUGUGUUCUUUAUCAGGACAACGAAUUUUAAAGGGACAGUUCACCCAAAAAUUUAAAUGUAGAAGCCUCAAGUGCUUCUAAACCUUUCUUCUGUUAAACACAAAAUAAAAUGUUUUGAAGAA